GCUUGUGUGCAUUUGGGCGGACUCAGCUAGACGAAGGACAAGACAAGGACGAGAUGGCAACUGUUGCACGCAUUUCAGGGAGACGGCUCAUGCUGGGCUUGCAUGGCCAGAGGUCACAGCGCGCUGCUUUACACCUUUCGAACUCGAGUAGGCCUCGUGUUGCAUCGGCCGCUCUGCUAUUGACACCAGGGACCUCACGCAACUUCUGGUCGUCCAAAUCGUCAACUCCCGUUUCGGAGGCUCAGCCGGUAGCUGCUGAGCUCCCCUCUGAUGCGCUCACGACUUCCGAGUCUAUCUCUGCUGCUGCUGCCGCUCCCCCAACCCCGCCUAACCAACCUGCCGACCUCGCUUCGUCCGCAACAGACCUCACAUCCGCCGCUGACCUCGCUGGUUCGCCCUCCGAACUUGCCGAAGCAGCAAGCAAUUCCGCCGACCUCGUUUCCGCCGCCUCAGCCAUUCCACCCUUGCAAUACGGCGACUUCGCCGCGAUGGGCCUCGCGAACUGGUGGCCGUCCGGCAUCAUCGCGUGGUCCCACGAGCUCUUCCAGGUGUCCACCGGCCUGCCGUGGUUCUGGACGCUCGUCGCCGGCGGCCUCUUCUGGCGCGCGCUGCUCUUCCCCGUCAUGAUCAAGCAGCUGCGCAACACGGCGCGCAUCGCGCCGUUCCAGGGCGAGCUCGCCAAGAUGCGCGAGCGCAUGGACCGCGCGCGGGCGUCGCAGAACCGGAUGGAGCUGCAGAGCGCGGCGAUGGCGAGCAGGGAGGUGUACAGCCGCGCGGGCGUCAAGGUCGGCCCCAUGUUCUUGGUGCCGCUCAUUAAUAUUCCGAUUACGCUGGGGACGUUCUUUGCGAGCAAGAACAUGGCGCAGCUGCCUGUGCCGCAGCUGCAGGAUAGUGGGGUGGAGUUCCUUGCCAACUUGACCAUUCCCGAUCCGACGUUCAUGCUGCCUUUGGCCGUCGUAGCUCUGGGUAAUAUCCAAAUCAUGCUUUCGAAGAAGGAUAUGAACCUUGAUCAAAGUCCCCACAUGGGCCAUAUAAUGAACGUCUUCCAGGUCAUGUCUGUAGCCAUGGUUCCCUUCAUGGCCACCCUCCCUGCUGGUGUCUGGGUUACUGGUCUUUCGGGCCUGACGUUCACCGCCAUUCAAUCAGCCGUGCUUCGGCGCCCGGCCGUGCGCAAGGCACUCGACAUUGCGCCGCUUCCUAAGUCCUCCGCGAAGUGGCCAACUUUGGUCGACACCUUGCACGCUGCAAGAAAUUUCGUCUCGGGAGCCUCACAGCAGGCCGCGGCUCAGUCCAGACGAAAAUAGAGGACCAGGCGGGUACCCAGGAAGACGUUGUGCAUGGGAUAGGCGACGACUCGGAGUGCUACCUCCAUAGAUUAUGCUACAGUGGGAUUACAGCCCCGUAGAUUCUUACAGUACUAAUAUCACUGAUUUACC